CGAACUAGUAGGAUAAACGGGCUGAGGAGCGUUGACAUCAAUAGUCAGUCACCCUAACUUUUAUAUAUGAGUGAAACAACAACUCGAAUCAACCUACAUAAUGAAUAGUUUAAUUCAUUGAGUCUUAGGAGGACACACAUACACACACUUCAAGAUGCCCCAACAGGAUAUUGUGAAGAUUGCCAUCCAGAUGCCAGGGGCAUACCCUCAGCUCAUUCAACUGGACCAGAAAAAGCCCCUUUCUGCUGUAAUAAAGGAAGUUUGUGAUGGGUGGAAUCUUCCAGGCCCUGAUAACUACGCCCUCCAGUAUGCCGACGGUGUUCAGACCUACAUCACUGAAUCUAACCGUCUGGACAUAAAGAAUGGCUGCAUUCUCCGUCUGACCAAGGCACCGGGCAUCCAGAGCUCAGACUCAGGUGUGCGCUGUGAUUCGCUGAAGCAGCUGGCCUGCGUGUCCACUGAUGUCACUUUUGCCCAAGAGUUUAUCAGCCGUGAUGGCCACUCUCUGCUGGUGAAGAUCGUAGAGGACGCUGACGACAGACUGUGUGUGGUUAUUUUGGGGGAUGGGGGAAAUGCAGUGCGGUAG